AUGCCGUCCAUCCUGAACGAAGAGGACAAGGAGACGGUCAAGCGCAUGGUGCCGAAGCAGACCAACAAGAUCCACGCCGUAGCCGUCGCCAGACUGUACGUCGCAUACCCCAACAAGUCGAAAUGGACCUACACCGGGCUCCAGGGCGCCGUCGUGCUCGCCAAUGACCUGGUCGGACACACAUACUGGCUGAAGCUGGUCGACAUAUCGCCAGCCGGUCGAGGAGUGAUAUGGGAUCAGGAGAUCUUCGAUACAUGGCAGUACAACCAGGACCGCACCUUCUUCCACACAUUCGAGCUCGAGGAAUGCCUGGCCGGCCUGUCCUUUGUCGACGAGAAGGAGGCGAAGCAGUUCAGGAAGAAGAUGGACGAGCGGGAGAAGAACGCAAGCAAGGCCACGAGGAACACGCCCUUCGGCGGACACAGUCAACCCGUGAAAUCAGGUGGCCUGUUUGGCAGCAUCUUCGGAGGACAUAGACACUCCUCGGCGCCCACGCCACCAGAAUCUCCACGGAACAACGCACCACUUCCCCCGCCGCCGCCGUCACAAUCAAGGUCACCUCCCGGAGGCGUGAACGGCUUCCACAAGCCAGGUUCCGAGUUCGCUACGCUAGAGGCAUACGACCCCAACUGGCGGGAUAACUUUGGCAACUUCCUCACGGAACAGGGGCUCACAGACGACUUUAUCAAAGAUAACCAGGACUUUAUUGUCGAGUUCUUGAAGGAGCAGGGAGACGCUGUACCCAGGGCCACUGCACCCCCUCCGCCGCCGCCGCCUCCCGUUAACGGCAGCUCUGGCGGGCACGGUCGAGCACCACCCCCCCCUCCCCCGCCAGCAGGGCGAGCCGCGCCUGAGCUAGUGGCCUCGUCGGGAUCACGACGCGGAGCCCCUCCACCACCCCCGGCCCCCAGACGCUCCGGCAAGGCGGAGACUCACCGAGAACCAACACCCCCGCAAGAUAACACUCCGCCCCGGCCCAGAUUCAAUGCGCCUCCGCCGUUGCCAGAUGCUGGCAAGUUCGCCCACACGGAGCCCGCUCGGCCCGUGCCAGCAGCGCCAGCGCCAGGUCCCCCUCCACCUCCCAGACCUCCCAAGACGCCGAUGGACGGAGACGACGCCGGCCACAGGUUCGGCGUGCCCCCUCCUUUCACCGGCCAGCGUGUCAGCAACGCACCGCCGGCACCGCCGUCCAGAGGCCCCGUGCCGCCACCGCCGCCUCGGGACGUGCCGCUGCCUCCUCCUCGAGACGUACCGGCGCCGCCAAAGGCACCGGCUUCGAGUGCGCCCCCUCUCCCCCCUUCAUCAUCGCGGCCGGUUCCAGCUCCGCCGCCGAGAGGGGUGCCUGCUCCACCACCUCUACCAUCAUCAAACGCACCUCCUCCGCCUCCACUGCCCGGAACACUGUCAGGCGCUCCUCCACCACCAGCGCCGCCGCCUCCUCCGCCCGGUGGAGCUGGGGGUGCACCUCCGCCGCCACCGCCGCCGCCGCCGCCGAACCGCGACAGUGGCUAUGCGUCUGGCGUGCCGGCCGCUGCGGUGCCGCCGGUUGACUCGAGCCGCUCCGCCGUGCUGGACAGCAUCCAGAAGGCGGGCGGCAUCGGGGCGCUCAAGAAGGUGGACAGGAGCCAGAUCCGGGACCGAAGCGCGGCCAUGCCCGGCGGGUCCGACACGGGCCCGCACGGCAGCGGCCUGCCGCCCGCCGGCGUGGCCCCCGCCGCUGGAGGCGCGCCCAACAUGGCCGACGCCCUGGCGGCCGCGCUGCAGAAACGGAAGCAGAAGGUCGGCGAUAGUGACGACGAAGCUGAUGAUGACGACUGGUAA